AAAUAGAAUAAAUCAAUAACGGAAACUGUGCAAGGGCAUCUCUCACUCUCUUCCGCUCAGUGCUUCAGCUCUCACCGUGCAAUGGCGGAAACAGAAGACCUACCGGAAGAAAUCAUAGUGAAUAUCCUUACUUGGUUGCCCGUCAAGUCCUUAAUCCGAUUCACCUCCGUUUCAAAACGUCUGCGUUUCAUUAUACUGUCCGAUCCCAAAUUCGCCGAAUCCCAACUUAAAGCGGCUCGUCAGCAGAAAACCCUCAGCCGCAGACUCCUCGUCUCCACCAUUAACGCCCCUCCACUCGAACUCGAAUCCAUACACUUGGAUGAUACGCCGUCGUUUGGAGAGCCUUCCUCCGUUAGAAAGCUCAGUCUCCCUUUCCACCAGCAACCCGUUCGUUUUGUCAAGCUGCUGGGCUCCUGCAAUGGUCUGGUAUUUGUAGCUUUUGAUGAGAAAUUGUUUUAUAUCUGGAACCCAUCGGUUAGAUUCUUCAAGCAAUUACCUGACCCCCCUGGAUUUUCCUCAUUUUUUUCUGUUACCUUUUCUGGUGUCGGCUGUGUGUCGGCCACCGAUGACUACAAAGUUUUGGUGGCCUCCGUUUGGAAGACAGAGGUCUGGAUGUUUUCAUCGAGAGCUCGCGUUUGGAAGAGUAUUCAAGUCGCUGGCUACUCCCCUGCCUUAUAUGCCACUGGUCACGGAAUUCUUCUGAAUGAGGCUCUUCAUUGGGUGGAGGAUGAAUUCGAUCAUGAAAUCCUUGUCUUUGAUUUGUUACGGGAGGAGUUCAGGAAAAUGCGUUUGCCUAAUUUUCAGCGACGUCUUGGGUUCUUACCUGCGCUGCUCGGGGUUUCUUUUGGAGGAUGCCUGUGUGUAUGCCGUCGUCCCAUCACUGCUUGUGACUCUGCCGAUUUCUGGGUCAUGAGAGAAUAUGACGUGCGUGGUGGUGACUCGUGGACUAAGCUUCUUAACUUAAAGCUGUCCGAUCCUCCUCAGGGACCUAUUAUGGUUAUGGAAAGCAGUAUUAUUGCCCAGAGAUGGACUUCCGACGGGAGCUGUUUGGUAGAUAUUGAUCAUAAAAAAGAAGAGAAGCUUGGCGUGAUUCUGGGUAAUUCGCUCAAGAUGAUACCAUAUGAGGAGAGUUUACUUCGGAUUAGUGUUUAGUCCCUUCACUUGCUCUUUACAUGUAACUGCUGGGGUGAUGUACAAUUGCAAGAUUAAGCUUAAUGGUGGUUUCUUGAUCUAGUAAUGGUGUGGAUCUGAUGGAGUGGAUGCACUUUUAUUGAUAUAUUAUCAAAUGGUAAAUUUCAGUUUUUGAAGCUA